AUGAGAUUGCUGCUUUUUUAUUUUUGAAAGGGCACACCACAGAAGGAUGUUAUCAUCAAGUCUGAUGCACCUGUCACCCUUUUACUGGAGAAACAUGCAGAUUAUAUUGCAUCCUAUGGCUCAAAGAAAGAUGACUAUGAAUACUGUAUGUCUGAGUAUUUGAGAAUGAGUGGUAUCUACUGGGGUCUGACAGUAAUGGAUCUCAUGGGACAACUUGAUCGGAUGAAUAGAGAAGAGAUUCUGACGUUUAUUAAGUCAUGCCAACAUGAGUGUGGUGGAAUAAGUGCAAGCAUUGGACAUGAUCCUCAUCUUUUGUAUACUCUUAGUGCUGUCCAGAUUCUUACUCUUUAUGAUAGUAUUAAUGUUAUUGAUGUAAAUAAGGUUGUGGAAUAUGUUCAAAGUCUACAGAAAGAAGAUGGUUCUUUUGCUGGAGACAUUUGGGGAGAAAUUGAUACAAGAUUCUCCUUUUGUGCAGUGGCAACUUUGGCUCUGUUGGGGAAACUUGAUGCUAUUAAUGUUGAAAAGGCAAUCGAAUUUGUUUUAUCCUGUAUGAACUUUGAUGGUGGAUUUGGUUGUCGACCUGGUUCUGAGUCCCAUGCUGGACAGAUCUAUUGUUGCACAGGAUUUCUGGCUAUUACUAGUCAGUUGCAUCAAGUAAAUUCUGAUUUACUUGGUUGGUGGCUUUGUGAACGUCAGUUACCUUCAGGAGGACUCAAUGGAAGGCCGGAGAAGUUACCAGAUGUGUGCUAUUCAUGGUGGGUAUUGGCUUCCCUAAAGAUAAUUGGAAGACUUCAUUGGAUUGACAGAGAGAAACUGCGAGCUUUCAUUUUGGCAUGUCAAGAUGAAGAAACUGGAGGAUUUGCAGAUAGGCCAGGAGACAUGGUGGAUCCUUUUCAUACAUUAUUUGGCAUUGCUGGAUUGUCACUUUUGGGAGAAGAACAGAUUAAACCUGUUAGUCCUGUUUUUUGCAUGCCUGAAGAAGUGCUUCGAAGAGUCAAUGUUCAGCCUGAACUAGUGAGCUAGAUCACAUUGUUGAUGGAAAAGAUCUUCCUAGAGUUUUGCCAUCUCAACAUUUCUGGUUUUGAACCUAAAAAUUACUGCUAAUAUUUUGUAUAUUGUUAAAUUAAUUUUAAUAAAUUAUAUUACUAUACAUAUUAUAAAAUAAAGGCUUGUAUUGCAUUUUCUUUUAGAUUCCUCUUUGAAAUGCUGUUAUAUGUUUUUUGUAUAAAUGUAUCUGUUACUCUUAUCCCCAUAACAGGAAACUUAAAAGAAUUUAAUUUUACUUGAUUUCUUUGAAUGUGCUCCUGUAUUCAAAAACCAUAGUUCAUGUUAAUUGGUUUGUGUCAACAGAAUGUUCACUGAUGUAAAUGGAUAAACAUGAAUUAAAAGAUGCACAAAAUAAUUGGCUGUUGAAA